AUGCUAGCUAUUUUGGAACUAGCUAUUUUGGGACUAGCUGUUUUGGAACUAGCUAUUUUGGGACUAGCUGUUUUGGAACUAGCUGUUUUGGAACUAGCUAUAUUGGGACUAGCUGUUUUUAAACUAGCUAUUUUGGGAUUAGCUAUUUUGGAACUAGCUGUUUUGGAACUAGCUAUUUUGGGACUAGCUGAUUUGGGACUAGCUAUUUUGGAACUAGCUAAUUUGGGACUAGCUAUUUUGGGAGUAGCUGUUUUGGAACUAGCUAUUUUGGGACUAGCUGUUUUGGGACUAGCUAUUUUGAAACUAGCUAAUUUGGGACUAGCUACGUAUUUGGGAGUAGCUGUUUUGGAACUAGCUAUUUUGGGACUAGCUGCUUUGGAACUAGCUAUUUUGAGACUAGCUAUUUUGGGGCUAGCUGUUUUGGAACUAGCUAUUUUGGGACUAGCUGUUUAG